AUGUCUUGUUUCUCCUUUUCUUCUCCUAGUCUCCUACCGAGCCCGCUUCCUGGCUCGGGCAGCGCCAAACGCGCCUCUGAAGGGGCAAAUGAACCCGUCGCUGCCCCCGACAGCCACUCACAACGCGCUAUACCGUUUGGACACGCUAUACUCUCUCAAAAUCACCCGGAAAAUCUCUCACAUGGAGUCGCGACGAUGCCUGGCCGCUGCACCAUUCCAGACGGUCAGGCGCUUUCUCUAGGCACAGAAGGCACCCCAAAGAGCACCCAGCAAGCCCACAGGUCAUUAUAUACUACUCCGCUCUACUUUCGACCUACUGCUGGUUGUGAUCGUGGCGUCCUAGUGACGGGGCUCGAGAACAAUACCAAGUAUUCGAUCCUCCGCCACUUGAUUCGCUCUGCAUGGUCUAUCCAUGAUCCUUCCCCAUUCCGAGGCAUCCUCUGCUUCACAACCGACCAUGGCUCCUUUGGGGUGGCCACCUCGGCGACUCUGGCAGCGCAGGACGUCGGUCAAGAGGCCGAAGUUGUCGUCCUGACAGUCCCUUGGAAGGUUAGCGAACUCUCGGCCAACCUUGCCGGGACGGCCAAGAAUAUCUCCGUUCUUCCCAUCAAAGUUCAUCUUCAAGAUGUAUCACUCGGUCACCUUGCGUUUCUUCAAAGCGUUUAUCAGCCUGACUGGCACCCUUUUCACGCUCAGGAGCAAGCUCGGUCAGGCUCCAUAUCACAUGACGAUAUCCCCGCCCAACUCCGCUGCUUUUUAUCUACCAAUGGGUCCACAGAGAACCAGCUCCCUUCGGCUUCACUAGACUGGGUGUCUUGGACUCGCUCUCGUCAGUCCGCAAUGUCCGCUGCGGCCGAAAAAGGGACAAGCAUACCUAAUGACCCAUUCCUCUUGUGUGUCGACCUCUCCGGUUUCGACCCGACGGAGCUCGUUCUCCAGCAUACACUUGCUGAUAUCAUCACCAAAUCUUGGUCGUGCCAUGUGGAAGAGUCGACACCAGUACCAGCGCAAUCUCUCGUCGUCUGCGAUGAUGCACAUAUCUAUCUUUCUCAGGACGAGAGCCCCUUUUCUAGGACCCUUGCUAGCCUCGUCGCUCCUCUACCACUCAGCAAAACGCCAGCCUCAAAAACGACACCGCAUCUUGUCAUUCUCUCACAGUCACCCGUGUCUUUGGCUCCAAAUGUUCUCGAUCACCUCUCGUAUUUGAUUAUUCACCGAUUCACCGCCCCUCGCUGGUUGCAAAGCCUCGAGAAGCACUGGUUCCUGCAGCCUCGUGUCCACCAAGUUUUCAAUAUCACCGAUAAUACAGUCUCAGACGCAAACUUGACUUCGAUCAGUACCAUAGAGCAAAUUCUAGAUCUCGAGGCCGGACGUGUCCUCGUCUGCUUCAAAGGCCACGACCAAUCUCAGAACUUUCAAGCAAAUAAGCACAAUGAGUCUGCAGGCGCUAUGACUAAUGGCCACCCUCGCAACGUUUUUGGCCCUAUUCAGCGCCCAACUGUCAAACCAGCCACCACAUCCCCAUCUCUCGGACGACAGCUAUUGAUGGUCUCGCUGAAACCAGUCAGUAUUCCGAUCACAUCGCCCAUGCGAACCACCGGAUCGACGGCUCUGUAUCCGCCAGCCAAUCUCGACCACACGGCCGCCAAACGAAGUCCCCAACUUGCUGACCUGGAGAUUGGAUCCACCAACAGUGUAAAUUACGGUGGAAUCCGGCCGUCUUUACUCUCGUCCAGUGUUGGCAUCGAGGGAGGGGCCUACGAGCCAUGGCGACAGCCCAGCGAGACACAACUGGGAACACCGGCGUCAGUGCAUGUCUCCCUUCACUCACCUCCAGGAAUUGGCACAAUUGGACGUUCCAUUCCCCGCACAACAUCGUCCCCAUUCGACACGAUUGGGCACCGUGGGUUCGUUGAACUCUACGUAUCUCUCGGCUGGGGCGGUAACGAGCCCAAUAUCACCGACAAGUCGCGGUGUUCUCCCGGAGGCGCAACAUUUUCUCCCUUUUCGAUGGCAAGGAGGGGCCAAGAAGUUGCUGGGACAUCUCAGUACGGAAACAGCUUCUCGAACAGCUCCUCUUCCAUCUCGAGCCACUUCUUUCCCGCUCAUGGAGACGGGAACGGGGUGCCCAGUCCACACCUCGACCGCUAUCGACCGAUGACGAUGAGCAUGUCCAGCGCAAGCGAAGGGCAGUUCUCAAAAGCAGACACGGAUAGCGGUGGAGGUGACUUUGUGGACGUUGGUGCAAUGCGUGACGCGCUUCCCUCAUCCAACGGACGACCCCUAGCCCAAGCAGGCGUAGCAACGUCUGGAGGUGGUCCGGCAGGCUCCUCGGGUCCGUCGAGCAGCUAUGGAUUAGCCGCAUUGGGCCUCAAGCGAAGCUACGCCGGAGUCACGGCACCUGUAUCUGACGGCACCAUUCAACGUCGUGCCACUGCCAUUUUGCUCGGCCCACAAAUGGAUACGGCCGGGCGGUCGCAAGUCAACGGCGUCGGCUCGUCUAAUGCAUCCAACCAGUUCAGUUCCUCGGAGGGUGUGGGCUCUACAGGGCCCUCGUCUUCACCACCACCACCACCACCACCGGUCUAUCCGGAAUCUUUCUUUUGGCCAUUGCUCGACGCAUUGGAAAAGGCGCGGGUACAAGUUAGCUCUCCGCAUAAUCGCGCACAGUGCGUGCGCCACUCGGUGGUUGGACAAGAACUUCCACCGUCGGCGAGGGCAAGGUUGGGGCUGACGUUCAAAGAGUAUGUAGCGGCGGCGGCGAGACAAGGUGUCGUGGUGACAGGAGAUUCGGGGGACAAGGCGUGGAUCGCAAUGCAAGACUGGCGUUUUCCAGGGGAAGGAGCGUAUGGCAUCGUCUGCAGUGCGGUUCACAUCCCCUCGGGUCGAAAGGUGGCGAUCAAGCGCAUUACUCCCUUUGAUCACUCCAUGUUCUGCCUACGGACGCUGCGAGAGAUUAAGAUUCUCAAGCAUUUCAAUCACGAGAACAUCAUCUCGAUCCUUGAUAUCCUCCGUCCCCCAAGCCUCGACUUGUUCACCCAAGUAUAUCUCGUACAGGAGCUUAUGGAAACCGACAUGCACCGCGUGAUUCGGACGCAGGAACUAUCGGAUGACCAUUGCCAGUACUUUAUCUACCAGACUCUCCGAGCUCUCAAAGCACUGCACUCUGCCAAUGUACUCCACCGUGAUCUGAAACCUUCAAACCUCUUGCUCAAUGCGAAUUGUGACCUCAAGUUGUGCGACUUUGGUCUCGCCCGCUCGGCGAACCCUCCACCAGGCUACCAAGAUACUGCCGCCAAUUUCAUGACAGAAUAUGUGGCUACGCGAUGGUACCGGGCACCAGAAAUCUUCUUCCUCGAAUCGUACACCAAAGCCAUUGACCUUUGGUCCGUCGGCUGCAUCCUGGCCGAGAUGCUUUCUGGUCGGCCUCUCUUCCCUGGUAGAGACUAUCACCAUCAGAUCAGCAUCAUUCUCGAUGUUCUCGGUACACCUUCCCUUGAUGAUUUUUAUUCCAUCUCUUCUCACCGCUCCCGCGAGUACAUCCGCGCACUACCGUUUAGGAAGAAGAAGCCAUUUGCUCAGUUAUUCGAAGGGAAGAAUCCACAGGCACUGGAUCUUUUGGAACAGCUCCUCACAUUCAACCCAAAGACGCGGAUCGACGUCGAAGGCGCGUUGGCCCAUCCCUAUCUGGAACCGUAUCACGAUCCAGGCGACGAGCCGGAUGCCACCCCGCUUGAUCCGAGCUUCUUCGACUUUGAUUAUCAAAAGGACAUCACAAAGGAAGAGCUCAAAGCGCUCAUUUUCGAAGAAGUCUGUAAACCGGCUCACCACCAAGUCCCCGUCGCCACCUUGGAUCCUUCAACUCCCAUCGCACCCACAGCAGAUACUCCCAUAGGCCCUGCUGCUCCUUCGUUUGCUUGA